CGCAUGUUAUCACAGCUCAAUUAGAUUCUGAAGGAUAAAAAUAGGUUCAAAUAGAUUACCUACUGCUCUAACAUGGGACAUGCGAAGUAUGUUGUGGAAACGUUCAAGAAUACUAAGUUGCCCUGUAUGGGGAAAUAUGUAUUAUUGGAUUGUCUCGGAAAUAAUAUUUUACGAGCAGCUAACAUGGACACUGGGAAGAAAUUGAUAUGCAAGGUGUUUUACUUCGCUCGUUAUUGGGAAUCAUUAGCCGCCUACUUUCAAGUUCCAGCUCACAGAAAUCUGAGCCAAAUUAUCGACACUGUCCAUGGGGACACCAUGGUCUAUGUAUUCUUUGAACAUAACUAUGGAGAUCUACACUCUUGUCUGAGGUCCGUGAAAAAAAUUCGAGAGGAUGAAGCUGCAAGACUAUUCCAUCAAAUGGUUUCAGCUGUUGUACAUUGUCACGAUUAUGGUGUUGUUCUGAAGGACCUCAAGCUGAAAAGUUUUGUCUUUAAGGAUGAAGACAGAUCUUAUUUAAAGCUUGACACCUUGGAGGAUGCAUAUCUUAUGGUGCAGGGAGAUAACUCUCUGCCCCGAAGGCAUAGAUGUCCCGCUUACAUAAGCCCUGAGUCCUUGGAAUCAGAGAGCACAUCAUCAGGGAAAGCUGCAGAUGUGUGGUGCUUAGGUGUCAUACUUUACACCAUCUUGAUAGGACAUUAUCCUUUUAAUGACACUGACCACAGUUCCCUCUUUCAGAAGAUCAAACGUUGUAAAUAUAGUCUUCCAGACAUACUAUCCCCCAAAGCCAAGUGCCUCAUCCAUAACAUCCUUCGACCAGAUCCUGUGGAACGACUGACAGCAAGAGAAAUAUUGGGUCAUCCUUGGUUUUCUUCAAAUAAUUGGACUGGAAAUAUAGCAGGGGACAAGUCUGAUAAAGAAUGUUGCGAUCAGAUGGUACCAAAUCUAUUUUGUUGACUGAGGAAAUAUCAAUCUGAGGAAAUUGAAGUGUACAGUACCAAAGCUGUUUGGCUUCAGUAGCCAUCGGAAAUUUUGUGCUGUGCCUCUAUAUUCCUGAUGCUGAAAACUUGCUCUUGUACUUGAUAGCAAGUAACAUAACCAUGUCUUCAUAUUUUACACCAAAGGUUAUUUUAUUUAGCCUAACAGCUCAGUAUCAUGCCAAGAUAAGAGUGACACCUGUUGACAUUUUUGUUUUUGGGAACACAUAGCAGGCCUAUAACCAGUAGAUGGCACUAUAAAUACACCGAAAGGACAUUACAUUGGAGUUGCCAUGGAUUGUUAGGGUGAAAGUGGAAUUUCUACAAUAUUUUCUGAUGUUACUGGACUGUAUGUUUAUGCUGCAGUGCAAUAUAUUUUUGUCUGUAAGCCUCCUUGUGAUCAGGUCCAGAAUGUUUUGCAUGUGAUCAGCCAGACAUGUCAAAAGGACUCAUCUUGGGCAGUUACCUGUGCAUCAUGGAGAUGAAGAGACAAAGCUGAUAAUGCUCAUGUUUUAUGAACUUUGUGUCUUGCUAUGGUGAAAAGAGGUGAAUAAAAAUAAAAUAAAUGUGAAAA